AUGACUCCGUUCGCAAGUGACCACGGUGGUUUCCAUUUGGGACCUACACAUCUGACUCGCUCUCUCCCCUCGUCACCUCGACUCCGCGGACGCGACGGCCUCAUCAUGUGGGAUAACCUCUCCAUCCCGCCCGAGGGCCUCAUCGGAGGAUACCAGGGGGGCAGCAUGGCGAUCAAGAUCCUGAUGGCCGUCUUCAGCGCCAUCGCGCUGUACAACGCCAUCGAACUCGUCAUCCUCAUCUUCCUCACCUUCACGCGCUACACCGGCCUGUACUUCUGGACCAUGCUGCUGUCCGACGUGUUCGGCGUCAUCCCCCACGCCGUCGGUUAUUUGCUGGAGUUCUUCGCCAUCGGUCCGCUGUGGUUCGCCGUCACCUUUUCCACCAUCGGCUUCUACUUCAUGGUCCCCGGUCAGUCGGUCGUGCUGUAUUCCCGCCUGCACUUGGUGGUGCAGAGCCAGACCCUGCUGCGGCGGGUGCGUUACCUGAUCAUCUUCGACGCCAUCGUCCUGCUGAUUCCCACCACCAUCCUCACCUACUCCACCAUCUACAUCCGCACCGACCCCAUCAUCCGGGGAUACAACGUCAUGGAGCGGAUGCAGCUGGCGUGGUUCUGCGCGCAGGAGAUCCUCAUCUCGAUUAUCUACAUCGUCGAGACGGUCAAGCUGCUGCGGCUGCGGCCGGACAAGGACCCCCAGCGGCACAAGACCAUGUACGAGCUGAUCGCCAUCAACCUGGUGAUCAUCCUCCUGGACGUCGCCCUGCUGGUGCUCGAGUACGUCGGCCUGUACACCCUGCAGACCACGCUCAAGGCCGCGGUGUACAGCGUCAAGCUCAAGCUGGAGUUCGGGGUGCUGCGGAAGCUGGUCUCGCUGGUCAAUACGCGGCACUCGGACUCCAGUUCCUCGGACCGGGAGGAGUUCCCCAACUUUGUGGACCCGGACCAGAUCACCGGCGACGUGACGCAUGCCACCCGCGCGGACGGACGGCCGCCACAGUACCCGUGGACGGCGAUCUCGAUGGACAGUCUGGCCCUGUCAGAACGACGACGGAGCCGAAAUCCCACCUCCCUGGAGGUGCCCCGAUCUCCGUGACCUCCUGUUCUCCUGCGAGGCUUCUUCAACCAUCUCGCAUUCGAGAUCACUAGCGCCCGAGGUCUUGUGAACCGACACAGGCCUAUGGUGCUGCGCAUUUGGGGCGAUUCGCAUGCC